AUUGGAGAAAGCACCUAACCAUAUACUACAUUUUCCAGAAGACCUUGCGGCGCGGUUGAGCAGAGCAGCUGGAGACCGCAGGGAGUUGUCGCGGCACAUCGCCUGUAGUUCUGGGCAACGCGCGGGUUUUCGCAGCUCAGGCAGUCUAGAGGGCCCUGCUCUCCGCACUCUGGCCGUAAACUCCUUUCGUCCCUAAGUAGAGCAAGACGGCCGGCCAGCGGGGUCUCACCAUGGCCGCGAAUUAUUCUAAUACAAGUAACAGAAGAGAACAUGUCAAAAUUACGACUGACCCCCAGCCAGGCUUCCUACAGCGGCUGAGCGAGACCUCGGGUGGAAUGGUUGUGGGGCUCAUGACCUUCCUGCUCGCCUUCUACUUAAUUUUUACCAAUGAGGGUCGCGCAUUGAAGACGGCAACCUCCCUGGCGGAGGGGCUCUCACUCGUGGUGUCCCCCGACAGCAUCCACACUGUGGCUCCUGAGAACGAGGGGAAGCUGGUGCACAUCAUUGGGGCCCUGCGGACAUCCAAGCUCUUGUCUGACCCAAACUAUGGGGUCCACAUUCCAGCUGUGAAGCUGCGGCGGCAAGUGGAGAUGUACCAGUGGGUGGAAACCGAGGAUUCCAGGGAGUAUACUGAGGACGGCCAGGUGAAGACAGAGAGGAGGUACUCCUACAACCCUGAAUGGAGGUCAGAAAUCGUCAACAGCAGAAAUUUCGACCGAGAGAUUGGCCACAAAAACCCCAGUGCGAUGGCAGUGGAGUCGUUCACAGCAACUGCCCCCUUUGUCCAGAUUGGCAGGUUUUUCCUCUCCGCAGGCCUCAUUGACAAAGUCGACAACUUCAAGCCACUGAGCCUGUCCAAGCUGGAGGACCCGCAUGUGGACAUCAUUCGCCGGGGAGACUAUUUCUACCAUAGUGAAAACCCCAAGUAUCCCGAGGUCGGAGACCUGCGAGUUUCCUUUUCCUAUGCGGGGCUGAGCAGCGACGACCCUGACCUGGGCCCGGCUCAUGUGGUCACUGUGAUUGCCCGGCAGCGGGGCGACCAGCUAGUCCCAUAUUCCACCAAGUCUGGGGACACCUUGCUUCUCCUGCACCACGGGGACUUCUCACCAGAGGAGGUGUUUCUGAGAGAACAGAAGAGCAAUUCCAUGAAGACGUGGGGCCUGCGGGCUGCCGGCUGGAUGGCCAUGUUCACGGGGCUCAGCCUCAUGACGCGGAUCCUCUACACCCUGGUGGACUGGUUUCCUGUCUUCCGCGACCUGGUCAACAUUGGCCUGAAGGCCUUUGCCUUCUGCAUGGCCACCUCACUGACCCUGCUGACCAUAGCUGCCGGCUGGCUCUUUUACCGGCCCCUGUGGGCCCUCUUCCUUGGCUGCCUGGCCCUGGUGCCCAUCAUCGUUGCUCGGACACGGGUGCCAGCCAAAAAGCUCGAGUGAAACAGGACCUGGCACCCACCAAACAUCCAUGUGAGCUUCAGGAUCUGCCGUGCCCCCCACUUCCCUGACCCUGCUGCACACCAGCACACGAGUGCACAUUGGGUUUGGAUUCUGCACCUGCUCUGCUCUGCUCUGCAAGGAGCCAGCCUUGGCGGUGUGCCCUCAUGUUGGGUUGGUGUCCAUCUGCUAACGUCUCUUCACCCCCUUUCUUGCCAGUAAACAGCUUCGAUGGGCAGAAGGCAGCUUCUCUCUGGCAGCAUGACAAGUGUUCUCCUACUUGUUUCCUCCCCUUCUCUGGGGACUGUGUGUGUGGCUGGUUCUUGUGCUUCAUUUAGCUGAUGUCUGCAGAUGUCAAGACGACACAGACCUGCUGCUUUACUCCUUACUGCCCCCACCCGAGAUGAGUGCUGGGGCUUUGCCACAGCUGCCAGCUGCACCCUGGAUGCUACAGGGCCACCUGUGUCAUCAGCUGUCUCCAGUCAGUGCUGGACUGCUGGGAGACUAAGCCCAUGUCCUCCAAAGCCAGUGUGUGGGCAGAACUUGAUUCGGUUUUUCAAACAGAAAAUCCACUGGAGAUGUGGAAAAACUUGGACAUUUGUCGGCUUUAUACUCUUUUUAUGGUUUGGCAGAAUCUUUUCAGUGUACGGGAUCUCCAAAGGCCCUGAGUUUUCGUGGCUUCACUUCGUGUGUGCUUCAGGGUCGCUUCGUCUACCCUAAGAGGGAGUCGUUUGAAAUAAGAUUUGAAAAGCAAAACAGAAAACCUGAAUGAUGAACAUUUCAGACUGUUAUAGAAAAAGACACCCUUUAACCUGUUAGCUGAAGUUAAUUCAGAUCACAGAAGUGUUAAAUGGGGGUGUGACUUAUCUGGCUUAAAUACGAGAAAACGUUACCACUGUCAGUGUUCUGGGUCACUGGGAAGCUUUAAGACGCUUUUGAAACAAGUGUUAGCAAAAGGCUUUUUCCCUCUGGGAGAAGGUGGGGAAUCUCUACAGAGUAAAGUGUUUCCUUUCAUCCUCUGGCAUCAGACACUAUACUUAUGUACUUGAAGAUAGUUUUGAGUUUUUAGUCAACCAUCAAAGGAAAAGGCUGGGAAAAAAGGGUGGGGAAAGGUUGGAAGCAUCUUAUCCUACAUUCCUUCCUAGUGACCCCCAGUCAAAAUCAAGACUUAGCAGCCUCAGGCUUGCUGUGGAUUUGAAUGCGCUUGUCUGGCCUUGUUCCCUUCAUCGGGAGAGUACUUCUGACAGGAGCAGCCAGGCCUCCAGGGGCUGCUUCUGGGAUUUGUUUUAUCUGUCGUGUCCACCAUAUUGCUCUUCCAAAGCAAAACCUACCCACACUCAAUUCACAUAUUUCCUAAGUUUCCCAAUUAAUCUCAUAUCCUUUGGAAGAUUAUAUUGUAACCUUGAUGUCCUGAAAGGUUCUUUGUAUUAUCUUUUAUCUUUUCACUAUUUGGAAAUUGUUCUGCCUUGCUGGGAGUGGUUGCUUUAGCAAGUACUUGGUAGUUGAAUAGCAACCUAAUACUUUCUCCUGUUGUCCUGGUGUAUCUGGGCCACAAACUGAGAUGCUUCGUGGCUAAGACAGCAGGGCCCAGAGAUGAUUUCUGUGUUUACAGACUGAAAUAGCACCACUGCUGUUCACCACGGCCUGUUCAGUGCAUCUCUGAGUCCUCACAGGCUGCGUUUGGAAACCAGAUGAUGGCUGCACACAAAGCCGUGGGAUUUGGUCUUUGUGAUUCUUCCCAGCACAGGCUCCAAGUUACUGCCAAUUUCAAGUGUUCUUCAGGAGCAAAAUAAUGUUAAUAUUUGAUGCCUUUGAAAAAUUGUGAAAUUUGUAUUCCCUUUGUAUUUUUGAUAGGAAAUCAAAAUAAACUUCUAAAUGUCUUUUAUUGGACCUUGUCAUUACCCCUUUUGGUUUUGUAUUCUUUCUGAAAUUUCUACUGUAAAGAAUUCAGCCAUAAAAUUUAGUAAAAACUGUGUGAAUUU